UUCAGUGCCUUUUGCCCUGGGCAUCUCCGGAGGGAGUAAUCUGAAGCACUAACAAUGGACUACGGGAACAAGCUCGUCCUGGCUCCCAUGGUUCGAGUCGGAACGCUGCCUUUUAGAUUACUAGCUGCGGAUUACGGUGCAGAUAUUACCUACGCCGAGGAAAUUAUUGAUCAUAAACUGAUCAAAUGUGAGCGCAAAGUUAAUGAAUAUAUUGGGUCAACUGAUUUUGUUGAGAAGGGAACAGAUAAUGUUGUCUUCAGAACCUGCAAUCAAGAAAGAAACCAGGUGGUGUUUCAAAUGGGCACUUCUGAUGCUGUGAGGGCUCUAAAGGCUGCUCAGAUAGUGUGUAAGGAUGUUGCUGCUGUAGAUAUCAAUAUGGGUUGCCCCAAGUCAUUUUCUGUGAGUGGGGGCAUGGGUGCUGCGUUGUUGACGAAGCCUGAUCUCAUACAUGAUAUUUUGACAACUUUGAGGAGGAACUUAGACACACCGGUAACAUGCAAGAUUCGACUUUUAAAAUCAUCCCAGGAUACAGUAGAACUUGCAAGGAGAAUUGAGAAAACUGGUGUUUCCGCUCUUGCUGUCCAUGGACGAAAAGUUGCAGAUAGACCAAGGGAUCCAGCGAAGUGGAAUGAAAUUGCUGAUAUUGUAUCAGCAUUGUCGAUUCCAGUUAUUGCAAAUGGUGAUGUCUUUGAAUAUGAUGAUUUUCAACGCAUUAAAGUCGCUACAGGUGCUUCAUCAGUUAUGGUUGCAAGAGGUGCUCUCUGGAAUGCCUCAAUUUUCUCUCCCAAAGGUAAAGCACAUUGGGAAGAUGUGAAAAGGGAGUAUGUUAGGAAGAGCAUAUUAUGGGAUAAUGAUGUGAAAAGCACAAAGCAUACGUUAAGGGAGAUAAUAACGCAUUACUCCUGCCUUGAACUCCCAGAGGGAAAAGCUGUGAUCAAGUCAGAAAAUUUGGCAGAUCUAGCGAAAGUUUACGGGGAGGAAGAAUAUUACCGGUUGGUUAGCGAGAACAGGUUCUCACUCAACGGACAUAGAUGAUAAAGCGUAUCCGUAGGCUGAACAGUAGACCGUGCCCAUGCCGUCUAAGGGGUGCACUUGGGGUUAAGCUAGAUGAGUCAGAUACGCUUAAUAAAAAGGUGGUGCCAACCGAAGAAUACAAGGGCUCAUGGUGUUGUAUUAUGUAACAGUAGCAUUAUAAUUGUUUUCUGCAACAUUUUGAUUUUGAUUCCCUUAAAUCUGAUCUUUUAAAUUACGGCAUGAGUGGUGAAGAAGCCCUUCGAGAGUAUUCUUAGCCUGAUUGAAUUUUGUACUGUACCAAGGAAAUUACUUUUACCCGAUAAUUUAUUAUAAAAGAAAAUAAUUUUGAUUGAAGUUA